AAGCCUGUAAGCAAUGGCGAAAUUCCUGCCUUUUAUUCGUGGAACAGGGUUGGAUGGAAGUUAUCUCGACAGAAACUAGCUGCUAGGCUAGCACUAUCAGUAGUGGUAUCGAGACUGUUGCUCAAUAGCUAUCUUGAACUGCUGAAGGUGUAGUUAAAGCAAGACAUCGCCGUUGGUUCUGCGAGGAAAGCACAUCAUCUUGCUAACUAUUAGCUGGGCAGCAUUAGGGUAGCUAACGCUAGCAUGUCACGUUUUGCCCUUUCUUGUGUUUAUCCAGGUAGCUAGCAAAUUACCCGUCUCAGGUGUUGCACAAGAUAGCUUGACAUCGCAACUUGCUGACUGUAAAUAUCCCGGAAGGAGCUGCAUAGGAGUCAUCACUGUGCAUCGUCGUGUCAGUCAAGACUUCUGUUGCUGUGCCAACUGACUCACAGUACCUCUUCAGGGGUGUGAAUGAGGGAGACAUGGCAGACCGCACGCCACCUCUGGAGUCUGGCCAGCUUCUCAGCCCCGAACUCCCCAUCCUGGCCUCACCACCGCCCCCUCCCAUGGUCAACGGGGAAGGCCCUCAGCAGAAUGAGGAGACCAGUCCUCAGAUGCGUUUCCCUCCCAACCUGCUGGAGGACUUGAGAGCGGCCGCCGCUGAUAAGGUUUCGGUCCCUUCCGUGGAGCUCUGGCGCGGACGUCGGCGAGGCUUAUUUGUUGAAGGGGUUGCCGUGGAGACUGGCGGCGGGGAGCCAGAGGCAGCAGCGAGCCGCUCGUGUUUCCGCCGGACCGAGCCGGGCGGUCAGAUUCAUGCCCCGGAUUCCUCCCCUCCUCGCCUCGCGUCCGUCUCCCCAGACCUCAUGCAGGAGUUGAUGGAAGUGGAGGGUGUCAAAGACCCCCCCUGCCAGAUGUGUCAGCAGCAGCGGAGGUCAUGUGAUCUCUCAUGA